UAAAGAAAUGCAGCUGGAGAUAUAUAAUCCAUCAAGGAGAUGAGAGUAGAGAAGAGAAGAGAUCGCCUCCACUCCACUCCACUCCACCCCUCGACCUUCACUUUUUUAACAAAUCGCCCCUUCCAUUUUUACACUUUGCCCCCGUGUCCAGGAAACUCUGAUUGCAACCAGGUCCCUCAAUCAUGCCGACGCCGGUCGCUGCGGCGCGCCCGUGUCUCUCCCCCGCCGCCGUCACUGCCCUCGACGCCGCCGUCGCCUCCGCCCGCCGCCGCGCCCACGCCCAGACCACCUCACUCCACCUCAUCUCAUCCCUCCUCGCCCCCACUGCCCCGCCGCUCCUCCGCGACGCCCUCGCCUGCGCACGCAGCGCCGCCUACUCCCCCCGCCUCCAGCUCAAGGCCCUCGACCUCUGCUUCGCUGUCUCCCUCGACCGCCUCCCCUCAUCUUCUUCAGCCUUCUCCAACGAGGACCCUCCCGUCUCCAACUCCCUCAUGGCCGCCAUCAAGCGCUCCCAGGCCAACCGGCGCCGCAACCCGGACACCUUCCACUUCUACCACCAGGCAACCACCACCGCGCAGUCCCCCACCGGCGUCAAGGUCGACCUCUCCCACCUCAUCCUCGCCAUUCUCGACGACCCCCUCGUCAGCCGCGUCUUCGCCGACGCUGGAUUCCGGAACGGAGACAUCAAGCUCGCCAUCCUCCGCCCGGCGCCGCCCAUGCCGCUGUUCGGCCGCCUCCCCAUGCGCACCCGACCGCCGCCGCUCUUCCUCUGCAGCUUCGCCGCCGCCGACGACGCCGACGUCCACUCGCACGCGGGCGCCGGUGCCGGGGAGGAGAACUGCCGCCGCAUCGCCGAGAUCCUAUCCCGCGGCCGCAACCCCAUGCUUGUCGGCGUCGGGGCCGCAUCCGCCGUGGCCGACUUCGCCACCGCGUCCCCGUACCGCAUCCUCCCUGUCGGCCCCACCUCCGUCGACCACACGAACCUCGGCAUGGCCGCGGCAACGGCCACCUCCGGCCUCAUUAUAAGCAUCGGAGACCUCAAGGAGCUGGUCCCCGACGAGGCCGAUCUCCAGGACAGGGAGCAGCGGGUGGUGGCGGAGGUGACGCGGGUGCUGGAGACGCACAGAGCGGGGCGCGUCUGGGUCAUGGGGUGGUCGGCCACCUACGAGACCUACCUCACCUUCCUCUCCAAGUUCCCGCUCGUCGACAAGGAUUGGGAGCUCCAGCUGCUGCCAAUCACGGCCGUGCGCCCUGCUGCCGGAGUCAUGCCUCCCGUCACCACGGUCGCUGCCCUGUCCAAGCCUGCGACUCCAAGUACAAGCUUGAUGGAGUCGUUUGUUCCUUUUGGAGGACUUUUGUGCGAGACCUAUGAAGCAAACAACCUUGCAGCAAAUUCUUGCCCUCAGGCCCUGCGGUGUCAACAGUGCAACGAUAAAUAUGAGCAAGAAGUUGCAACUAUCGUUAGAGGAAGUUUCAUUACAGCUGAAGGCCACAAGGAAGGUCUACCUUCCCUGCUGCAGAAUAGCAGCAUGAUGGGUCCUAACAAUGGAUUUGAUGCGGUCAAGGCUAGAGAUGAUCAGAUGGUAUUGAAUUCAAAAAAAUUGAAUCUCCAGAAGAAGUGGAAUGAGUACUGCAUGCGACUCCACCAAGGCUGCCAGAGGAUCAACAGAGAUCCGUACCAGUUAUUUACACAUCACAUUGGUGUUCCAGUUGACAGGGAAAGAGCAGCAAAUCCAAGCAAAGGUCCAGAGGCAGUUGCACUUCAAAGGGAGGUAGUUAAACCUUCUGCAGUGUCCGCUUCACAUACCAAAACAACUGCAAAGAGUAUUUCAUCGCCAUCUAUCUCCAACCAAAGGAACGAAGACCUUGUAUUGAAAUUUCAAGUAAGGCAAUCAAAUAGUGAUGAACACCUUCAAGAUAGGGGUGUGCAAUCCCAACAUAGCAACUCGUCAAAUUGUGAAGAUCAUAUGUCACCAUCAUCUGCUGCAUCUGUUGUGACUGACUUGGUUUUGGGCAUCCCUCGCGAAUCUUCUUCCAAGGAUUCAAGUGCUGCCCAGUGUAAACAUGGACAGGAUGCCAACGGGUCUAUCCACCUGAUUCCCAAGAAGGUGGACGAUUUAAAUCUGAAGCCUCCACAGCUCUUUGUACAACCUUCCUCUUGCUCCAGGAGUUCCUCAAAUUGGGGUCAAACAUCACCUAGUGCUGUGCAUUCAGCAGCUUCAGGAGGCAUUUCUGCUUUUGGCCAAUGGCAGAGGCCUUCACCCCUUGCAUCACAAAGCUUUGAUUUGAGCAAUUACAAGCUACUUGUGGAACGCCUGUUCAAGGCAGUUGCAAGGCAGGAGGAAGCCUUGAGUGCUAUUUGUGAAUCCAUUGUGCGGUGCCUAUCAAUGGAGAGGCGCCGUGGUGCAAACAAGAAGAAUGAAAUAUGGUUUAGUUUUCAUGGCCCCGACAGCAUAGCCAAGUGGAGAGUUGCUGCGGCACUUGCAGAGCUGAUGUAUGGCAGCUCAGAGAACUUGAUUUAUCUGGACCUAAGUCUCCAGGACUGGGGUGACUCCAAUUUCAGAGGAAAGACUGGCACAGACUGUAUUGUUGAGGAGUUGAGAAAGAAGCGCCGAUCAGUUAUCUUCCUUGAUAACAUCGACAAGGCUGACUGCCUUGUUCAGGAGAGUUUGUCUAGUGCCAUCGAGACUGGUAGGUUCUGCAACUUGCACGGGGGGAGGGUGGUCGACCUUAAUGACUCAAUUGUGGUGUUGUCUACACGAAUGAUCAGAGGGUGCAAAGAUGCCUCUCUUGGGAUGGAAGAGGGCCAUGCUUUCUUGGAAGAAAAGGUUCUGGCAGUUCGCGGGCAUCAACUGAAGAUCUUAGUUGAACCGGGUGCAGCGAACAUCAGUGGAGGCCCUGGAGGUAAAGUAGUAGUUUCCUCAAGGCAUUCUGUCACCAACACUCAAGCAUCUUUGUACUCAGGUUCUGUCAGUAAGCGAAAGUUCAACAUUUCUGAUGGCCAAGAAAAGCUACAAAAACCGCCAAACACUUCAAAGCGACUGUAUAGAGCAUCAAGUGUUCCAUUUGACCUGAACCUCCCUUUUAACGAGGCUGAAUCUCAUGGUGAUGAUGAUGAUGAUGAUAGCAGCAGCCAUGACAACUCAUCCGGCAAUCCAGAUGGAUCUGUUGAGAACCUCUUGCGUUCAGUUGAUGAGUCAAUCAAUUUCAAGCCAUUUGAUUUUGGUAAACUUUGUGAGGACAUGCUGCAGGAAUUCAGCAAUACCAUGAGCGACAUUCUGGGUUCCGAGUGCAGGUUGGAGAUCGAUGUUGGUGCUAUGGAGCAAAUACUGGCAGCGGCAUGGGCAUCAGACUCAGAGAAGAAGCCUGUGCAGACGUGGCUGGAGCAUGUGUUUGCUAGGAGCCUUGAGCAGCUGAAGCUCAAGUGUAAGAAUGUGAGGAAAUCUGUUCUGAGACUGGUCGCAUGCGAGGACGCACUGCUGAAGGAUGACGGUUUUGGAGCUUUGCUUCCUUCAAGAAUAAUUCUAGAUUGAUAAUGAUAUAUCUGUUGGUAUAGGGAUUGGAUUGCUGUAAGUAUUGGUUAGCCAACCCACCAUAGUAUAGUAUAGCAUCAUUAUUUUGUCUCUGAAUAAGGUGUACGUAUGCAGUCGUAGUCUAGUUCAUGUUGAUGCCUUGGGGCUAUUCUAAUUAGCUAAUAGCUAGGUUUGUCAUGUCGUCCUGGGAUCUUCAUCGUAUAUAUAAAUUGAUUAUUGCACGGCAUGUAUAUUGUAAUGAUGGUUCGUUAAUUGGGAGUUGUAAUGAUCGAUCAAUACAAUACAAUACAGUUUUGAGUC